UUUUCAAAUCCGUAAUUGAACGGGCUGUGAUUGAACAAUAGUGCUGUGAAAUAAAUUCAAAUGUUUGACGUGUGGGAGAAACUUUUCUGAGCAGGAAUGGAUGGGGAGAAUAGGAUCAUUUUGAACGUUGGAGGAAUAAGAUACGAGACUUACAAAGCAACGCUUAAGAAGAUUCCUGCGACGAGGCUGUCCAGACUGACGGAGGCUCUUGCAAAUUACGACCCAGUACUAAACGAGUAUUUCUUCGACCGACACCCGGGGGUGUUCGCACAAGUCCUCAAUUACUACAGGACAGGAAAGUUACAUUACCCCACAAAUGUAUGUGGCCCGCUCUUCGAAGAGGAGCUGGAGUUUUGGGGGCUGGACUCCAACCAGGUGGAACCAUGCUGCUGGUCCACAUACAGCAUACACAGAGACACCCAGAACACCCUGGCAAUACUUGACAAACUGGACAUUGACAGCGAGAAGCCAUCAGAAGAGGAGAUCGCCAGACUCUUCGGGUACGAAGAGGCAUACUUGGCCGGAGAACUUGGCGUGUGGCAGAGACUCAAGCCAAAAGUGUGGGCGUUGUUUGACGAGCCUUCCAGUUCACCACCUGCCAAGGUGAUAUCAGCUAUAUCUGUCUUCUUCAUCUGCGUUUCGGUGCUCUCAUUCUGCCUGAAGACACAUCCGGAUCUUCGAGUGAACUUUCCAACUGUCGCGCCAUUUAUAGUGGAGAAUACCACAGUGUUGCACAAUAACACAAAAUAUCUCCAAAAUACCACAGCAAUGGUGGAGACGAGAUGGACGGACAACGGAGAGCCUCACGUGUUCUUCUUCUACAUUGAGCUCGUUUGUAAUGUGUGGUUUACAAUCGAGCUUCUAGUCAGAUCUGUGGUAGCCCCAAACAUGAUAGAGUUCAUAAAAUCCCCAGUGAAUAUUAUAGACUUUAUUGCAACGUUAAGUUUCUACAUGGACGUGUUAGUGGAACUAACUGUGGUGAAACAGUACGUGGACAAGGCUGAUAUCCUCGAGUUCAUCUCCAUCAUCAAGAUCCUCAGGCUGUUCAAGUUAACGAGGCACAGUCCGGGGCUGAAGAUAUUGGUGCAUACGUUCAAGGCAUCAGCUAAGGAGCUGACGCUAUUGGUCUUCUUUUUGGUGCUCGGCAUUGUGAUAUUUGCGAGUCUCGUGUAUUAUGCUGAGAAAUCUCAGGAUAACCCCGACAACCAGUUCAAGUCGAUCCCCCUCGGGUUGUGGUGGGCCAUUGUUACCAUGACAACCGUGGGUUACGGCGACAUGGCUCCCAAGACGUACCUGGGGAUGUUCGUUGGAGCACUGUGCGCUUUAGCUGGCGUGCUCACCAUAGCUCUACCAGUUCCUGUCAUCGUGUCCAACUUCUCCAUGUUUUACUCUCAUACGCAGACAAGGACAGACAUACUUCACGAUCUAGGGCCGAAAGAAGCCGAGUACCGCACCGCUGCUGGGAAAAAAGAUGGCGAUCUCUGUACGUUCCCGCUCGUAUCUGAGAAACGCUUGCACAUAAUUGCAUUGAUAUAA